AUGCCAAACGUAAAGUGUCAAAGGUCAAACAGAAAUUGACAUCAUCAAAACAUUUUCGUUUCACUUUCUGAAAGGAAGAAAAGAUGCAAAAUGGCUACGUCGGGGGAAAACGAAAAUUAUUUACUUAAUAAGUUAGAUAAUAAUGAUGGUAUUAAUUGGGUGCCCCUUUCAUUGACUCUAGUUGAAUAUCCCAAAGGAGAUAUCUUAGGAAAAUUUUUAGCAUUUAUAAGCUUGACUCCUUUUGGAAUAGGUGCUGGAUUUAUAAGCUUAAUUCUAUUCAGAAGAGAUUUACACACAAUCACAUUUUUCUUGGGCACAUUAUUGAAUGAAGCACUAAAUUAUUUCCUUAAGCAUACAAUAUGUGAGGCACGUCCAAUGGCUAGAAACUCGUUAUAUACUGAGUAUGGAAUGCCUUCGUCGCAUGCCCAAUUCGUUUGGUUCUUUACCACUUACAUUAUUUAUUUUGUAUUCAUAAGGCUCCACCAUAUGAACAACAAUAAUAUUAUAGAAACUAUGUCCAAAAUAUUGAUUUUAUCAUCUUCAGUUAUUAUGUCUCUCUUGGUUUGUAUAAGUAGGACAUACCUUCAGUACCACUCUUUUUAUCAAGUAUUGGUAGGAUCAGUUGUGGGUGUGCUUUUUGCAACUUUAUGGUUUGCAUUGACUUACCUUGUAUUUACACCAUUAUUUCCACAAAUUGUUUCAUGGAGGAUAUCGGAGAUAUUACUUCUACGAGAUACAACAUUAAUACCUAACGUGCUAUGGUUUGAAUACACUAAUACCAGGCAAGAAGUGAGAGCGAGAAGCAGGAAAUUGGUCAGUAUGAAAUCACAAUGACAUCUACUAGGUAUUGGUUUGAAUUUCAAUUUGUCCAAUGGUUUUGUGGGGUGCAUGAAAGAUGUCCUGUACUGGCCAAGAAAACAAUAAUUGUAAAUAAUUCCAAUCCUUGGUAAGCUUUGGAAACAAUCAAUAUAGGAAUUAGGACAGCAGCUUUCUAACUAUUUGUAUGGAGUUUUUAUACUGUCAUGUGCUCGACUGUAGAACUUUAUAAAAACCAGAAGAUACUUGCAAUUUCGUGAUCCAAGUUUCAUCAAAUCCAGAAAUCUAUUCUUAUUGCUGCCAUUUUGUUCUUGAUUUUUUAUUGUUCAGCUAAUUUAUAGGGAUGUUUGAAUUAUUAUUGAUUUGGUAGCUCUUAGUACCUUUUAUAAACUAUGUUUGCUCAAUUUUUUAAUGCAAUAACUUUGCUAUGGCAAAAAUUCAGUUUGAUAAUAUUGGAUCAACAUAAUAAUAUGGGGAAUUUAAAUUCAAAUGAACAUGAAACUAGAUGUUGUUUCUCAAGUAUUCGAUGAAAAAUGAACAGUUUUAUAAAUACUGAAGAGAAUUUAUUGUUCAAGUGACAAUAACUAUGCGUAGAAGUGAUACUCAUGACUUGGUAUCUACAUCAAUUUGGUUUGAUGCUCCCCUUGUUUUUUAUAUUGAAUUCAAGUCUGUUUAGAUGAUAAGUAUUUAAUUUAUUAUAACAUCAGUGGUGAUCGUAUACUAUCAUUUUGAAUGGUUUGACAAUUAGUGAAUAACUCAAAUUUAGUAUUUUCAAGUUAUUUUCAUGGCAGCAGGAAAAACCAAUUUUUGAGAUGUACUUAUUUAAGAGUUAAUCGACUGAAUUGUUAAGUGUUUAAGUGUUAAAUAAUAAGCAUAUUUACUAACUUUGAAAAGACAGAUUUCUUUGUACAUUUAAUUGUUACUAGAGAAUACUCAUAUUUCGACAUAAUCUACCAAUUUUGAGAGAAAACUUUUUGGAAAUAUUUAUCAAUAUAUUUUCAGAAAUGCCUUAAUUUCAACAGGAUGAUAUUGUGAGAGAAUCCCUAAUGAAAUAAUUCAUUGUGAAUGACAAUUCCUUCACAACGAUAGUAUUAGCUUGAAUAGACUUCUCAAAUGAUAUUUCUGUAUUGAGCAAUUCAAAAUUGUAUAUUCAGAAUCUAUUAUUUGUACUGCUACUUCAAAGCUUUCUAUUCGACCUCUUCAUUCAUUGAAAGUCUACUGUCAAACCUCUGUGUUCAAGUAUUAUUUAGCUAACUGAAUUCCUUGAUUGAGUAGUACUAAACUACAUAAAAGGUGUUCAACCAUAAACUGGACAAACAUAUAUAGUUGUGUAGAUGAAAUCCAGUGAAAAAUUUUUUCCCUAUUAUAUAUAUCCUAUUAUAUAUUAGCAUAAGCUAAACACAGAGUUCUCGAGUAAUUUUCCAAUAAUAUUUGUUUGAUUAUGUAUGAGAUUUGAAAUAACUGUAUCCAGACACAUUUCCUUUUGGUACUGAAUCGAAAUAGGUUACCAAAAAUGGUGGAAGACUUGCAAAAUCAUGAUUUUUUCGCGGUUGCCAAAUCGGUUAAGCACCCUGUAUCUCGCUUAUGCUUCGAAAACAGAAAUAAAUCAAAAAUGUUUCUCCUGAUCUCAUCUCCUCAACUGUACAUAUUUGUCCAAUUUAUGGUGAAACAUCCUGUAUAUUACAAAAUAGAGCAUCUAUUACUUUGGUGACCCUAUAACUUGAUGGAAUUAUUUUGUCUGAAUUGUAUUUCAGACAAUGAUUUAAUUUUGUUUAUAUUUUGAACUAUGUAUUUGUCUAAUUCCUUUGGUCACAAUUUCACUGUGUAAACUAGUCUUUAGGUUCUCGUUACCUAGCACAGUUCCUAAAUCUUUUGUUUGUGUGAAGAUAUUAAUAUAUUUGAACAACUAUAAGUCAUUGCUUCACUAAAGAUGAAAAAUCAAAAAAACUUCAUGUAGCACUCAAUGACAAAUUCAUUUUUUGAUAUCUCAAAUAAUAUUCAUUCAUGUACCUGAUGUGAAUUACUGUAGUCCUUCUGUAGAAUCAUCUUUCCUUUCAACACAGACACUAUUUAUUAAAAUGAUUUAGAUCCUGGAAAUAGUAAAACUGCUUAUAUUGGGAUGCAAUAAUUCCUUUGUCAAUAUUGCAGUUCAUAUGUUUAUUUCCGUAAUAAAUGUCUGUUACCUCAUCUGACAACUACUUUGCUCUUCCUGUGCUGUUUUUCAUUGGUUAUUAUAUGGAUUUAUCGCAUAACGGUUCUCUGAUAGUUGAAACAUGCAAUGUAAAUAAAUGUAUGAUGAAAAUAGAUAUUUAUGUUGGUGUAAUUGAAAAAAAUUAGAGUGCUUGUACUUUUUAUUGUCAAAUUAAAUUUAUUAUAUAAUGUUAA